UAAAAUAUGAUCAGUAUAUAGAAGUCUUUGAUGUCUUUGCACAGCUUGUUUGCUUCUUGCACUUCUGUCUGAGAUACCGCAUUUGCCUGCAUAUGCAUAUGCAAAGGCAACCAAGUGAGUAGCCACCCCAUUUUGUCAGACCAAAGUCAGCCAGUUACCUCUUUUUGUUUGUCUUCUUUCCCUUCUCAAGAACAUGGCUUUAAAUUCUCUUCUUCACCAUCAUGAUGGCCUUCUCACAUCUCUUCCUGUUUUCGGUUGUUAAUCUUUUCUCUUAUAUUACAAGUUUGAAGAACAAACACUAAAAAGAAAGUCUUUGUUUGAGGUGGGUUUUUAGUUGGUUUAAUUGGGUCAUGGCUGUUUGCUGUGAUCUUGAAGUAGAUGUCAAUGGUGAAGAGACUUUCAUGGUGGACAAGAAGAUCAUCGGUUCAUAUUGUGGCAGACUAAGCAAAUUAUUUGGUAAACCAACAGGUAGCGCAAGAAAUUUGAAAGUGAUAUUCAAUGACUUUCCUGGUGGGGCUGAAAGUUUUGAACUCAUGUCAAGGUUCUGCUACAAUAAUGGUAGAACUGCCAUAACUCCUUCCAAUAUUUCUUUCCUACAUUCGGCUGCACAGUUCAUGGAAAUGAACAAUUCUGUAUCUGGAACUCAUAACUUACUGGAAGAGACCGGGAAAUCACUUGAAGAGAUGAAUUACUGGACAUGGUCUGAGCUUUUAAUCGCUACAAAGAAAUGCCAAGAUUUACUUCCAUUUCCUAAUUCUACGGGUAUCCUUGAAAAAUGUGUGGAUUCUCUUAUUGGAAGGAUCACUACUUCUGGUGAGCCUAGUCCGUGUCCAUCUACUUCUUCUCCAGACAGCUCUGGAGUUCGGUUGUCAUGUGACACUAGAAGCACUGAGAGUUUGAAGAAUAGCUUCUCUCGAGCAACAUGGUGGUUUGAGGAUCUUUUGGUUUUGAGCACUAAUUUGGUUGGAAUGGUGUUCAAAUCCAUGGUCUCACAGAAGUUUGAUCAUGUUAUCAUUAGUAGAUUUCUCUUUUAUUACCAGAAAUCAAAGUGCUAUACUGGCACGUCUGAUGAGAAGCGUAAAGUUGUUGAAACUGUCAUAGAUAUGCUUUAUAUUCUUGAUUGGAACUCUGUUUCAUUCAAGAGUUUAUUUGGGAUUCUUCGAGUUGCUUUGAAUUGUAACAUAAGAAAAUGUAGCAGGACCAAGUUGGAGAGUAUGAUAGGUUCUCAGAUGGAUCAAGCAACUCUAGAUAAUCUGCUAAUUCCUUCUCCUUAUGGGAUGAAUUACUUGUAUAAUGUGAAUCUUGUUCUAAGGUUCUUGAAAGCUUUUCUGCAUGGAGGAAUCAGUCAGGUGUUCCCUAUACAAUUGAGAAAAGUUGCUAGCUUGAUGGACUUUUAUAUAGCAGAAGUAGCCCCAGAUCCUUGUCUAAAGCCUUCUAAGUUCAUGGCCCUAGCCAUGGCCCUGCCAGAUUGUGCCAGAGAAUUGUCCGAUGGAAUCUACCGUGCCACUGACAUGUAUCUAGAGGUGCAUACCGGAUUAUCAAAAGAAGAAAAGAUGAAGAUAUGCUGCACAUUGAAUUACGAGAAGCUCUCAGCUGAAGCUUGCAUUCACCUUUCUCAGAACAAAAAUUUUCCAUCAAAAUGUGCAGUCCAAGCUCUCAUGUCUCAGCAAGUCAAGCUCAAAAGCUUACUCAAGGCCACUGGCAAAACAAAAUGCUAUAUUGAUUCAUCUUCUGGUGUUAGUGAAACUGGAAGCAAAGGAAAGAAAAAUGAAACUAGUAAACAAAUGGUGCUCUAUGCUGGGAAACUUGACCUUCCAACUGAUAAUGAUAAGCUUAGAGCACAUCUGCAAGGAAUGCAGUGGAGGGUGACGGAAUUGGAGAGAGUUUGCAUGAAAAUGCAAGCACCGAUGACAAAAAUCAUGAAGUCAAGGGUAUCAAACCAUAGGACUUCCAGAUCCUUACCCAGGCUAUGUUCGUGAUAGGAAUUUCUGCUCAAUAUUAAAAUAUGUAAUAUAUAUUUUCAUUUGUAUAGUAGCAUGGGGUUCUCUUUUCUUUUUUGUGGUGUUUGCAGCAUUUUUCUUCUUCUUUUCUGCAAAGUUAAAGGUGACCAAGUGUAUUUUCUUCAUGUGGGGGAUUCGAGAUCUUGGCUGUACAGUUCUACAGAAAAAAGGCAGAAAACUUUAAUGGGUUUUGUUA